CCACCCACGUCCUUAUUCCAUUUCAUCAUCAUGAUAAGAACCACAUAAACGACAUACCGUUUUUCCCACACAGUGUCAGUCAGUCCCAACUUCCAAAUAGGAUGUGUCGUUUACCUUAGCACCUCCAAAACCCCCCCAAAUGCUUAAAACCCUAACACACACAGACUCAGACACAGCCAUUGUGACCACCAUGAACAACACCACCAAACCUCAAGUCCUCGAAGCCAUAACCAAAAUCCUCACAACCCCAAACACGCCACUCGAAACCCUAACCCCACAUCUCCCAAACCUGACCCAACCCCUCUUCGUCUCUCUGCUCUCCUCCAAAACCCUAUCCUCACGCCCUUCGACCCUCCUCUCCUUCUUCAAAUUCGUCCAAUCCCGCUCUCCUUCCCUCACUUCCUCUCCCCAUUCCCUCCUCUCUCUCCUCCCUUCCCUCUUCGCCCACAAGAAAUUCUCCGACGCCAAGUCCCUCCUCGUAUCCUUCAUCGCCUCCGACCGCCACCACGAGCUCCACCGCUUCCUCCUCCACCCGCCUCGCCUCGUUCCCGAACCCUCCAAAGCCCUUCUUGACACCUCCAUUGGCGCCUAUGUCCAAUCCAAGCAGCCCCACCUCGCCAUGCAGAUUUUCCACAAGAUGAAGCGCCUUCGUUUCACCCCGAAUUUGCUUACUUGCAACACACUCCUCAAUGCUCUGGUAAGACACCCGUCCACGUAUUCGAUUUCUUUGUGUAGAGAUGUUUUUAAGGAUGCUGUUAAGUUAGGUGUGAAUUUGAAUACUAAUAGCUUUAAUAUUAUGAUUUAUGGGUAUUGCUUGGAGAACAAGUUUAGUGAUGCUUUAGGGUUGGUUAAUAUAAUGAGUGAGUUUGGUUGUUCGCCUGAUAAUGUGAGUUAUAAUACAAUAUUGGACGCGUUUUGUAAAAAAGGGAGGUUGAAUGAGGCUAGGGAUUUGUUGUUGGAUAUGAAGAAUAGAGGGUUGUUGCCAAAUAGGAACACAUAUAAUAUUUUGGUUUGUGGGUAUUGUAAGAUGGGGUGGUUGAAGGAGGCGGCGAGUGUGAUGGAGUUGAUGACGAGGGAUAAUUUGUUGCCUGAUAUUUGGACGUAUAAUAUGUUGAUUUGGGGGUUGUGUAAGGAGGGUAGGAUGGAGGAAGCUUUUAGGUUGAGAGAUGAGAUGGAGAAUUUGAAAUUGUUGCCAGAUGUGGUUACGUAUAAUACGUUGAUUGACGGGUGUUUUGAGUGGCAGGGAAGUUCGGAUGCGUUGAAGUUGAUUGAGGAAAUGAGUGAGAAAGGAGUGAAGAUGAAUGCGGUUACUCAUAAUAUAUUGGUUAAGUGGUUUUGUAAGGAGGGGAAGAUGGAAGAAGCAAGUACUACUUUGAGGAAGAUGGAAGAAAUUGGGUUUUCUCCGGAUUGCGUUACUUACAAUACUUUGAUUAAUGGGUAUUGUAAAGCAGGGAACAUGGGGGAAGCGUUUAGAAUGAUGGAUGAGAUGGGUAGGAAAGGCUUGAAGAUGGAUACUGUUACCCUUAAUACCAUUCUACACACUCUUUGUGGGGAGAAGAAGCUUGCUGAAGCUUAUAAGUUGCUCAAUAGUGCCACUAGGCGAGGUUAUAUUAUUGAUGAGGUAAGCUAUGGAACUUUGAUGAUGGGAUACUUUAAGGAUGAAAAGCCGGACAAAGCCUUGGAGGUUUGGGAUAUGAUGAAGGAGAAAGGGGUCCUUCCCAGUAUUGUCACCUAUAACUCUAUAAUUGGAGGACUAUGCCAAUCUGGAAAAACUGAUCAAGCAAUAGACAAAUUGAAUGAGCUUUUAGAGAGUGGUUUUGUCCCAGAUGAAACUUCAUACAACACAAUUAUGCAUGGUUACUGCCAGGAGGGGGAUGUUGAGAAAGCAUUUCAGUUCCACAACAAAAUGGUCGAGAAUUCAUUUAAGCCGGAUGUGUUUACGUGUAAUAUUCUUCUCUGUGGGCUUUGUAGAGAGGGUAUGCUAGAAAAGGCUCUUAAGCUUUUCAACACAUGGAUUUCAAAAGGGAAAACAAUUGAUACAGUCACUUACAACACAUUGAUUUCAAGCCUAUGCAAAGAGGGGAGAUUUGAGGAUGUAUUUGAUCUUCUUGAAGAAAUGGAAGAGAAGAAAUUAGGUCCUGACCAGUAUACAUAUAAUGCCAUUCUUGGUGCGCUUAUAGAUGCAGGCAGAAUUAAGGAAGCAGAGGAGUUUAUGUCAAAAAUGGUUGAAAUGGGAAAACUAUCUGAUCAGUCAUCACAACUAGGCAAGGAGCAAGAUGAUGGAACCCAUGAUAAUCCAGAAGGGUCUGAUUCAAGUUCUAUUGCUCAUUCAGAACAGAUCAAGGAGCUGUGUACUCAAGGGAAAUACAAGGAAGCAAUGUGCAUUUAUGAAGAACUCACUCAGAAAGGUGUCUCUGUAAAUAAAUCCACUGUAUUUAGUUUGAUGGAUGGCCUGAUCAAGAGGCGAAAGAGCAUAUCAAAGGUUGCCCGGUUGUAGCGAAUUUUUCAGCAUGGACAAGUACAUGGUCAUCAACAUGCUCUACAUGGCAUCACACAUAAGGAUUUAAGGAAAUGAUUUCCGUACUGUUGACUCAAGAUCUGAAGGCGAUGCAACGUAAGAGAAGGUGCUUCAGUGAUAUGAUGAUAUUUGAUGAUACCAAUAAAAUAUUUGGUCAAAGGUAAAAUAUUUUCAAUCAACCAAAUCAACCUAAGCAAAUUUAUGCAAAAUAUUUUACACUUAAAAUUUUGGUAAAACAUUUUACAUUUGCUCCCUCCCUCACACCCUGACACUUAUCACUCCCUCCCUCCCAGUCACUUUCACGCUUAACUCUCCCUCUCAGAUUUCUCUCCAAAAACCCAGCCACCUCCGGUCCCUCUCUCCCACCCAUCACUGGCUCCAAGGUUUGAGGCACCAUAUGCAAGCUCCACCCUCUGCCGGCGAAACCCAGGAAGUUACUUCAAUUCUUGUAGCAGAUGGCGUAUCAAGUGAGAAGAUAUUAAAGAAAUUCUGACAAAACAGAUGUAGUUCAUAUUGUUGUAUUAUUUUUGAGCGACAGUUAGUGAUUUAUUUGUUCCAACUGCUGAUUAUCAUUUCAGCUCGGUGUAGAAAAUAAAACAUAUUUUGGGAUUUUUCAGCAUCUUAUUGUAUGUGGGAUGGUGGAUGAUCGUAUACUUAUUCUUGUGUCACACGGCAAAGCACUUGCCCAGCUUUCUGAAGACAAUCUAAUUCCAUAUUGCUACUUGCCCAACUUUUUGAAUAA